CCCGGGCGGGCUUGCGGCGGGCAGGACAGGAAGGCUCCCGACUCCUUCCGCCGCUCUUGCCUUUUUUUUUUUCUUUUCUCUUUUUUUUUUUUUCUUCUCCCCUCGCACUGCCUCCCCCCUCCCCCCUCUCCCCCGGGCCAAAUUAAUGAGAGCUUCGAAUAAAGGAUGAUAAACGAGUGAAACUAAGAUUCAACUCUCCUAUUUUUCUGAUUACGACAAGGAGGGUUUGCUUGUUUUGAGGUUUUAAAAAACACCUUUGUAGUCGUUUUCUUUGUGAGUAUAUGUAUCAGAAAGAGCUGGUGGUCUUUCCCAAACGUUUACUAGUGCGUGUCACUCUUUAUUUUCUAAUCUUUGCUUGCAUUUUAGCGUCGUUGAUGACUACAGAAUACUUCAGGGCAGGAUUGCUUUGAUGGGCUUGGGUUUUUUUUGACAGCAGUUUGUAGCUAGCGAGUUUUACGGCUCUUUUGUGUAGUUCGUUUCUGAUGACGUUACUAGGGAUCCACGAGUAGUAUCUGAAUAAAGCCCGCAAACUGCAAAAAUCCUGUGUUUUGGGUAGACCAGGAAACCCUCUUCAGUGACUUCUCUUUCAGCACAAGCUUGUGGCCAUAGAUUUUUUUUUUUUUUUUUUAACCAGAUAGAACAGGGAGAGGUUUCAUAAAACAUUCAAAUACCAUGGUUCUUUCUGUCAUGAAAAGUCAACUCACUAAUAUUUUCAGUAUAUAUUUAGAAUGUCUGGUUUUCUGAAUUCUUGCAGAUGAGCUCUGGCUCUUCAAGAGGAAUGUGUAGGUGAGCCUUCUGUGGAAUACAUCUUGUAGAAUCUGUAGAAUUACUGGCAGGCAAAAAAAAAAGUAAUGCUGUACUGUUACGUGAGUGUUGGGAAGCUGGGUAGAAUGUUUUCUCCCGUAUGGAAAGCCAAAUGGGCCACGGGAAGUUUUUAUUAUAUUUUAUUUUUUUUGUUGGAGCCGUUGAUCUCAGCUCUUGAACACUAAAUAAGUAUAUAAAGAAGGACCCAAAGAGCUUUGGCUGUUAGCCGUUUUGGAAGCUGUGGUUUUGGGUAUUUUUAAAGUUUAUUUUAACUGUGUACUUGAUUCUCUAGUAGUUCUUGCAAGGGUACACAUGUAUCACAUGCGUGUAAGCUCCUGUAAUAAUGGCACGGUGUAUGAAUGAGAAAAAGAUCAAGACUGAGACAAGCUGUCCAGAAAAAGUGCCUAGUAGCUGUAUCCCUUUUGCCUGUGGUUGGAUCUUGAUCUUAGACCCUUCCUAUGCUAAGAGAUGAUGUUCUGACACCGAAUAUAGAGAACAGUAAUUUUCCCUACCAAGUACCUACCUUCCAUAAGUGUGAAAUCUGUUUGCUGUCUUUUCCGAAAGAGACCCAGUUCCAGCGCCAUAUGAGGGAUCAUGAGCAAAAUGACAAGCCUCACCGAUGUGACCAGUGUCCGAUGUCAUUUAAUGUUGAAUUCAACUUGACACUUCAUAAAUGUACUCACAAUGGUGAAGAUCCUACAUGUCCCGUGUGCAACAAGAAAUUCUCCAGAGUAGCCAGUCUGAAAGCUCAUAUAAUGCUACAUGAGAAAGAAGAGAAUCUUAUCUGUUCAGAGUGUGGAGAUGAAUUUACUUUACAGAGUCAGCUGUCCAUACACAUGGAAGAACAUCGUCAAGAAUUGGCAGGCAGCAGGAUCCACAGCUGCAAGUCUUGCAAAAAGGAAUUUGAAACUUCCUCACAGCUAAAGGAGCAUAUGAAAACUCACUAUAAAAUAAGGGUAUCAAAUACCAGAUCUUACAACAGAAAUAUUGAUAGAAGUGGGUUUACCUAUUCCUGUCCUCACUGUGGAAAGACGUUCCAGAAGCCAAGUCAGUUAACACGACAUGUUAGGAUACACACAGGUGAAAGACCUUUCAAAUGCAGUGAAUGUGGAAAAGCCUUUAACCAGAAGGGGGCAUUGCAGACCCAUAUGAUCAAGCACACUGGUGAAAAACCCCAUGCUUGUGCCUUUUGUCCUGCAGCCUUUUCUCAGAAAGGCAAUCUUCAGUCACACAUACAGAGAGUUCAUUCAGAGGUGAAGAAUGGCCCUACAUACAACUGUACAGAAUGUAGCUGUGUCUUCAAAAGCUUGGGUAGUUUAAAUACACAUAUCAGCAAGAUGCACAUGGGUGGUCCACAGAAUUCUGCGAGCGCUUCAACAGAUGUAUCUCAUGUUACAGCAGACUCUGUCACCCAACCUUUAACAACAUCCCCUGCUAAUCUUUUGCAACCUGUCGAUAACAAAUGGAAGAAUGCCACACAUUUUCGGUCUCCACUUCUUCAACAGACAGAAAACCAGGUGUCGUCAGCUACUGCUCAUCAGGGUCAGCAGGCUGUAACUGAUGUCAUCCAGCAGCUCCUUGAGUUAUCAGAACCAGGUCCUGUAGAAAACAACCAGCCUCAACAACCUGGUCAACAGCUCAACAUUGCAGUGGGAAUCAAUAGAGAUAUUUUGCAGCAAGCUUUAGAGAACAGUGGGUUGUCUUCGAUUCCCGUCUCUGCGCAUUCUACUGAGUGCAGCCAGGCUAAGACUCCUGGGGCUCAGGAUCAGAACCCAGACGUCCAGACUCUCUCAAAUCAUCAGGCUGACUCUAAUAAUGCAGAACAAGAUAAGGAGCAAGAGAGUACAGAUAAACUGGAUAAAAAAGAAAAAAAGGUUAUUAAGAAAAAAUCACCGUUUUUACCUGGUUCUAUACGUGAAGAAAAUGGAAUAAGGUGGCAUGUUUGUCCAUAUUGCUCUAAAGAAUUUAAAAAACCAAGUGAUCUAGUGCGUCACAUUCGCAUUCAUACCCAUGAGAAGCCAUUCAAGUGUCCGCAGUGUUUCCGCGCCUUUGCUGUUAAGAGCACUCUCACAGCUCACAUAAAAACACAUACUGGCAUUAAAGCUUUCAAGUGCCAAUUUUGUAUGAAAUGCUUUUCCACCUCAGGGAGUUUAAAAGUUCACAUUCGUCUACAUACAGGUGUUAGGCCUUUUGCUUGUCCUCACUGUGACAAAAAGUUUAGAACGUCGGGCCACCGGAAAACACAUAUUGCUUCACAUUUUAAACAUACUGAACUAAGAAAGCUGAGACAUCAACGUAAACCUGCAAAAGUUCGAGUAGGAAAGACGAGUGUUCCAGUACCAGACAUCCCCUUGCAAGAGCCCAUACUCAUAACUGAUUUAGGUCUUAUCCAGCCAAUCCCAAGGAAUAGCCAGUUCUUCCAAAAUUAUUUUAACAAUAAUUUUGUGAAUGAUGCAGACAGACCAUACAAAUGUUUUUAUUGCCAUCGAGCCUAUAAAAAAUCUUGUCAUCUUAAACAACACAUCAGGUCACAUACUGGUGAAAAGCCAUUUAAGUGCUCUCAGUGUGGAAGAGGUUUUGUGUCAGCUGGAGUUCUGAAAGCACAUAUUAGAACACACACUGGACUGAAAGCUUUUAAGUGUCUUAUAUGCAAUGGGGCCUUCACUACUGGUGGUAGCCUCAGGCGACAUAUGGGGAUCCAUAAUGACCUUCGACCGUAUAUGUGUCCAUAUUGUCAAAAAACAUUCAAGACAUCACUAAACUGUAAAAAACACAUGAAGACUCAUAGAUAUGAACUUGCACAGCAACUUCAGCAGCAUCAGCAGUCUGCUUCAAUAGAUGAUUCUACAGUAGAUCAGCAGAGCAUUCAUGUUUCUACACAGAUGCAAGUGGAGAUUGAAAGCGAUGAGCUACAGCAGUCAGAAGCUGUUACAACAGAUCAGCAGGCUAUUUUAGAGUUAGACCAGCAGCCAGUAGUAGGCACAGAAGAAACAGCACUAGAACAACAAUUGGCUGAUCAGCCUUUAGAGCAAGAUGAGGAUAGAUUUGUGACAUCCCAGCAUGCUUUACAGGAAAACAUCACUCAAUUUGAACAACAAGCUAUAACACAGCAGCCAUUUGAUCAACAGGGCUUAUCACAAGGUUUUACAGUGAAUGACAGCUACAAUCAACAGACUCAAUUUCCAGCUGUACAGCAGCUGCAGGAUUCAAGCACACUUGAAUCUCAGGCUCUUUCAACAAGUUACCAUCCACCAGCCCUUCUUCAGGUUCCAAAUACAGACACUAUUAACGUAACUACUCGCUUGAUACAAGAUCAGUCAUCACAAGAAGAGCUUGAAUUGCAUACCCAACGGCCUCAUUUUCUUGAGGAUAACGAAGAUCAAAGCAGGCGUUCAUAUAGAUGUGAAUAUUGCAACAAGGGUUUUAAGAAAUCCAGCCAUUUGAAACAACAUGUACGAUCUCAUACUGGUGAGAAACCUUAUAAAUGCCAACUCUGUGGUCGUGGCUUUGUUUCGUCAGGAGUUCUUAAGUCACAUGAGAAGACUCAUACAGGAGUUAAAGCAUUCAGCUGUAGCAUUUGCAAUACCUCCUUCACAACUAAUGGCAGCCUUACCAGGCACAUGGCAACUCACAUGAGCAUGAAGCCUUACAAGUGCCCAUUCUGUGAUGAAAGCUUUCGAACAACUGUUCACUGCAAAAAACAUAUGAAAAAACAUCAGGCAGUCUCCUCAGCUGUAGCAGCAGCUACAGAAUCAGGAGGGGGAGUUGCAUGUGUUGAAGAUGAUGAUGAAAACUCUGAAAGAACUUCCAGAAAAUCUCGUCCUGGUGUCAUAACUUUUACAGAAGAAGAAACAGCAGAACUGGCAAAGAUUAGGCCUCGAGAAAGUGCCACUGUCUCAGAAAAAGUUCUUGUCCAGUCUGCUGCAGAGAAAGACAGAAUUAGUGAGAUCAAAGAUAAGCAAGCAGAACUUGAAGCAGAGCCCAAAUAUGCCAACUGUUGUAGUUAUUGCCCCAAAAGCUUUAAAAAACCCAGUGAUUUAGUCAGGCAUGUUCGUAUCCAUACUGGAGAGAAGCCCUAUAAGUGUGAAGAAUGUGGAAAGAGUUUCACCGUAAAAUCCACUCUGGAUUGUCAUGUUAAAACACACACAGGCCAGAAGCUCUUCAGCUGUCAUGUAUGCAGUAAUUCUUUUUCUACAAAAGGGAGUCUAAAAGUCCACAUGCGCCUGCAUACAGGAGCAAAGCCCUUUAAAUGUCCACACUGUGAUUUACGGUUUCGUACGUCAGGGCGCAGAAAAACCCACAUACAGUGUCAUUAUAAACCAGAGACAAAGAAAGUUAGGAAGCCUGUCGCCCGUACUUCAGCUGAGGGACUACAGCCAGUCAGUCUUCUUAAUUCAUCCUCAACAGACCCUAAUGUUUUCAUCAUGAAUAACUCCGUUUUGACGAGUCAGUUUGAUCAAAAUUUACUUCAGCAAGGACUUGUGGGCCAGGCUAUCCUGCCUGCUUCAGUGUCAGCUGGAGGUGACUUAACUGUGUCCUUGACAGAUGGUAGCUUGGCCACUCUUGAAGGAAUACAGUUACAACUUGCUGCUAAUCUGGUUGGACAAAAUGUUCAAAUUUCUGGAAUAGAUGCCACCAGUAUUAACAACAUAACAUUACAGAUUGAUCCAAGUAUUCUACAGCAGACAUUACAGCAGAGUAAUUUACUUGCUCAGCAGCUAACUGGAGAUCCCAGUAUGGCUCCACAGAAUCCCUCCCUCCAGGCAACAGAAAAUGCAGUGCCAGCUAAUGUGGUUAUUCAGCCUAUAUCAGGCCUCUCUUUGCAGCCCACAGUAACAUCAUCUGCUAACAUGACAAUAGGAUCCCUAUCUGAGCAAGAGUCUGUGCUGACGACCAGUGCCAGUGGUGCACAGGACAUCUCUCAAGUCAUGACUUCACAGGGUAUGGUAUCAUCUUCAAAUGGACAACAUGAGAUAAUGUUGACCAUAAAUAAUUCCAGUUUGAGUCAAGUUCUAGCUCAUGCUUCAGGUUCUACUACUACAAGCUCAUCAGGAAGUCCUCAAGAAAUAACUCUUACAAUAUCUGGCCAAGAUCUUAUUCAGCAUAAUUCUGGAAGCAGUGAUCUGAAUAGUGGUUUAAGGCUGACAGCGCCAACCAUCAGCAGUCAGACUACAGGUGCUACAUUAACUAUAAGCAACGACCAGCUUCUUUCUCAAGGCACUUCGCUAAAUGCUCCAGAACUUAAUACAACAGGUGGAACAAACCUUCCUCCAACAACACCCAUAUCUCAGUCUACAGUUUCUGCUCAGAAUUUGGUAAUGUCUUCAUCAGGAGUUGGAGGAGAUGGUAGUGUCACCUUGACUCUUGCUGACACUCAGGGAAUGUUGUCAGGUGGUCUUGAUGCAGUUACACUUAAUAUCACUUCACAGGGUCAGCAGUUCCCUGCUAUACUCACAGAUUCCAGUCUUGCUAGCCAAAGUGGGUCAGGCUCACAGCAAGUCAUACUGGUGAGCCAUACACCACAUUCAGCAUCUGCAAACUCUGAUGAAAUAACGUAUCAGGUGACAGAGGUUUCUCCUAAUGUGACGAAAAGCAGUCAAGCAGAAAAAGAAGGUCGCGUGCACCAGUGUUUUGAGUGUAGUCAAACCUUUUCUUCAGCCACCAUGUUGAUGCACCAUAGUAAAGAGGUUCAUGGCAAGGAAAGAAUACAUGUUUGCCAUGUCUGCAAUAAAGCCUUUAAGCGGGCAACACAUCUCAAGUGUGAGAGGAAAAGUAUAAGGGAUUGGCAGAUCAGUGGAACAGAACUGCAUCACAAACUGUUUCUUCAGAGAAAGGAACACAUGCAAACCCAUCAGGCUGGACCUUCACUGAGUUCCCAGAAGCCUAGAGUGUUUAAGUGUGAUACUUGUGAAAAAGCUUUCGCUAAGCCAAGUCAGCUGGAGAGACAUAGUCGCAUUCACACAGGGGAACGGCCAUUUCAGUGCACAUUAUGUGAAAAGGCUUUUAACCAGAAGAGUGCUCUUCAAGUCCACAUGAAAAAGCACACAGGAGAGAGGCCUUAUAAAUGUGAUUACUGUGCAAUGGGAUUUACACAGAAAAGCAAUAUGAAACUGCAUAUGAAACGGGCUCAUGGUUACACUGGUCCUGUACAAGAGCCUGCUAGUCAUCAAGAACAAGAAGGGGAAGAUAUUAGUCGUGCUCUGAAUUUAGAAGAAGUGGUACAAGAAUCUUCAAAUGAAUGGCAAAGUAUAGGCAAUGUUUUUCGAUGACACCUUAAAGUUUGAAAGCUAAAAAUGUUUCUGGGACUCGAAUUUCUUGAAACAAGUUUUCAGAAAAGUAACAGAUGGAUUUUACAGUUACAGCUUCAAGCAUUGAAAAUAUUAACAUAAGAAUAAUAUAUUAUAGUUUUUUUAAUUAUUUACAAAAAUUACCUAAAAAAAUCAUUCUUUUUUAAGCUUGUAGAAGAAUAUUGGGAAAACAUCAUUUAAUCUGUGCUAAGUUGUCUGUGAAUCAAUGAACUCAGGUAAUACUGUAUACAGUUUCAUCUUCUAAUUCACAGCCAGUAUAUCAAUUUGAAAAAUAAACUGGAACUUUAUAUCAGAAUAGAAUGAUUCCCAUUUUUAAAGGAGGUGAAGAAUAACUUCAUGGGAAAACCAUGAAACUGUUGGUCAGCUUUCUUUUUUACAUGUUUAAAAAAAUAACUGAGGUUGGAAACAAAAUGUUACAGAGGAGAUGCAUGCAGUAUAAAAUAGUUUUGGGUUUGGUUUUUUUUUUUUUUUACAAGGCACAGGAAAACUCUGUAUUUCUGUUUUAAGCUUUUUUUAGUACAUUUUGAGAAUUUGUUGAAAAAAAUAAAAUGCCAUGAACUCAAUGGCUUUUCUUGAGUUAAACUCUUGAGAGGGAGCAUGUUCAUUUCCAUUCCAACCGCAGAGGCAGUUAGUUGUUAGUUUUUACAUUAAAAGUCUGAGGUUUUAAACUCGGCAAUAAUUAUUUAAAGAGAAUCCAAACUAGAAGAGGUUCCAAUGAAAGCCUCUUCUUUUAUGUUUGCUGUUUUGGAUCAGCAGGUACAUAUCUUAGUAUCUGUGGAAAACACAGCCAUAUACUAAAUCUGGGAAGUAAACGUACAAUUUUGUGUUAAGCAGUGAGAAAGUUAGAUGCACGCUAGGUCACCUAUGUUAUACAAUAUUCCCCAGUGCUGUAAACAGUUACCAUUUCAAAUCUGUAAAUUCCUCAUUAUUUUCUUUGUGAAUUUUGGAAAUAUGUUACUUUUAUUUGUUGUUGUUUAAGUCAUUGUUUCAGAAAAACUACCUAGUUGACUAAGUAAUGCUUUGAAAGGUGCCACUUGUUAAGUAUAUUCAUAACAAAGAAACACUGGAGUAAAAACAUAGUCAUCUUUUAGACAUUCCAAAGACAGAAGCUCUUUUCUUAUUUUUACCUUGUUCUUUUGAAUUUUAUUUAUAUGUUACAUAUAUAUAGAUAUAUAUAUAUGUGUGCUUGUAUGUAUAUAUAUAUUUAAAGUUAUAUGAGCCUCUGUGUGGCUGAUCAGUAUAUUUUGUAAAUACUAAACCCAGUUGCAGGAAGUUCAUCUUUUCGGUUUGCCACAAGUACUUCUAGAUCAGUGGUGGAUUUGUUGUACUAUAAUACAGAGCUGGAUUUUAAUUUACCUUCUGAAAGAUAAUUGCUCUCAGAUCCAAAAAGCCCAUUUCUGUAAAUAUUGUCUAUACUUUCUCUAUGAUACAAACUAGUUAUUUCAGAUUGCUGAAGCAAGAAAUCACUGUUGGUUUUGAUAGGGCAUCUCUUAAUUCUUUUGUUAACUCUUUGGCAUAUGUAUAUAAGUAAUAUAGUUGGUGACAUGAAAAUAACACUUUUGUUAUGUGGAAUAUUUAAUUCAGAAACAUGUUAAAUAAUACUACUUUUUUCCAAA